AUGGACAGCCAAGUGUCCCUCGAGGUUGUUCAGUGUCGUCAGUUCGAUCCGGUCAGUGGGCCAUUCAGCAUGAACAACGAGCGCAAAAAUGAGACUGCGUCCGUAUACUCGAUUGGUAGCCAGAGGAAUUUGGUUUCCGUCAAAUCCAAAAAAACUUUUUUGAAGAAACGUAACCAAAUAUCCAGUCUUUUGAUGAUAGUUCUAUUCAUUUUGAUGGCUUCCUUAUUCGUUGCAGUAUUGGUACUUUCUAUACUUUACUCUAGGAUUAAACCCGAUAUGAAACUAUGUGAUUCUGAAGAUUGCGUGAGGAUAGCUGCUAGUCUUAAGGAAUCUAUGGAUCCGUCUGUAGAUCCUUGCGACGAUUUUUAUAAAUAUACUUGCGGCAGAUGGCCCCGAGAACAUCCGAUACCGGAUUCUAGUCUAACAAAUUCUUGGUUCAACGAACGAACCGAUCGAGUAGCUAGGAUGAUUAGAGAUUUGUUAAGAACAAAUAUUAGCGACGAAGAUGCACCUUGGUCUGUGCAACAAACGCAAAUUUUGUAUACCAGUUGCUUGGACGUUGAGUCGAUGGACAAGUUAGGACUAUCGCCGUUAUUCGAGUUGUUGGAACUGCUCAAUUUACCCUCAACCCCUGCGGCAAUUACGAAGGAGACCAGAAAUUACAUCGACCAAAUGGCUAGAGUUAAAAGAAUUCUUGGAAGGGACGUUCUAAUUGGUCUCGACGUUCUACCUGAUCCUAGAAAUGGUAGCAAAAAUGUUAUUUUUCUUGAUACACCAAUCAUGGGUAGUCCUUUCCCCAGUGACAAAGAGUUAGAACAUCGUUUGCAAUCGAUUAGAUUACGAAUGAGAAAAUUAGAUAGAACGUUGGACGACAUAGACGAAGAUUUAGAAGUGGAACUGUUAUAUAUGUCGAACGUUAUCAAGGAAGUUAUAAGCAAUGGCACGUUGGAUUCUUGCACCUUAGAAAAUGAAAAUACCUUUCCCAAGGAAAGCGAUGUGGCAGAUUUAGCUACGCAGAUUUAUGAACUUAGUACCGUUUUGUAUUUGCUCACUAAUUUCAACGUUAACACGAGUUUGACAGAAGAAAAUAUUAAAGACGAAGAUUAUAUGUUUGUCGAUGAUCUUCAAAGAUUGACAGACGAAUACGUGAUCGAAGUUAAUUCGAGUCUAACGCCUAAAAUUAUUUGGAGACCUUUUAUCGAGUUGCUUUUUCAAGAUGUUGUUACUUUGAAUCUUUCGGGGAAAGACAAAGUUCUCGUGGGGAAUUUGGAAUAUUUGAAAGAUUUGGCUUUGGUCGUUGCUUCGAGGGAUGAACAAGAUAUAGAAACGUAUAUAUGGUGGGUCGUUGUCGACAUAGUUGUUCCACAUUCUUCGGAAAACUUACGAAAAGUAUGGUUAAAUUAUCUUCACUCGUUAAUGAACGUUGAAAUCGGUACAUCCCAGUCAUUGUAUUGUGCCGAGGCAGUAAACCAACUAAUGGGCAUGGCAGUAUCAUGGCUAUUCGUUGAUAAAUCGUUUCACAAAGAAAAGGCACCUAAAGUUCGCGAAAUGUUAGAAGAUAUUAGAGCAUCUUUUGCUACGUUGGUUCGAAAAACUGAUUGGAUGGAUAAAGAGACUAAAAAAGUGACGUUAGAAAAGAGUGAUAAAAUGUCUUUGGAAAUUGGCCAUCCGGAGUGGCUCUUCGAGGAGGGUGAACUCGAUGAAUAUUACGAAGAUAUAAAUUUAUCGAAAACGAAAUAUUUAGACAAUAUGUUACAAGUCGUUCGAUCAAUUUCGCUCGCUAAAUUGGAAUGUCUUCACGAUAACAAUUUGUAUAACGAAUCGUUUUGGGUGACAGAUCCAACGGACGUCAACGCCUUCCAUACUUUUCAAGUGAAUCAAAUUACUAUUCCUGCUGGAAUUCUCCAGUUUCCAUUCUACGAACUUGGACUAGAAGCUUUAAAUUACGGUGCUAUCGGUACAGUACUUGGACACGAAUUGACGCAUGGUUUCGACAACAGUGGUAGACAAUACGAUAGUAAUGGAAAUUUAAGACAAUGGUGGACAAAUGAAACGAUUUCAGAGUACACCGAGAGGACCCAAUGUUUUAUAGAUCAUUAUAAUAGUUAUUACGAAGACGAGGUGGACGAUUACAUAAACGGCGAAUUGACUUUGGGAGAAAAUAUAGCCGACAAUGGUGGUUUAAGAGAGGCUGUCAUUGCUUACGAAAGAUGGAAGGCCAGACACGGUGAAGAACCAUUACUUCCCGGAUUUACUCAUCUAACGCACGAACAACUUCUCUUUCUUAGUUUCGCUCACUUAUGGUGCGAGGCGUAUACCGCGUCCUCCUUAAAAUGGAUGCUUCAAGAUUCUCAUUGUCCGGGUCAUGUGAGACUUAGAGCAGUACUCAAGAAUUCGAAGGAAUUUAGCGAAGCUUGGAAAUGUCCUUUGGGGUCUAAUAUGAAUCCAAUUAAAAAAUGUCGUCUGUGGUAGAGGAAAAUCGCGUCAGCUUCCUCCUUUUGU